AUGCUUUUCGCUUUUGAUCAGUCGGAAUUACCAAAUAAUGAACAUUUGAAUUCUGUAGGUUUCAAGAAAGAAGAGGUGAAGGUUCAACUGUGCAAGAGUGCAGGAAUUCUGAAGAUUAGUGGACAAAGACCAGUCAAUAAAUUCUUGAGCUUUCAGAAGGAAAUUCAUGUUUCAACAAAUUGUGACAAAGGUAAAAUUAGUGCAAAACUUGUAAAUGGAAUUCUUUAUAUUAAACAUCCAAAACUUAUAAUAAGGAGUUCAUCAGAAAAAAGAGAUAAGGAAUUGCCACCCUCAACCAGUGAACCAGAGCAGGAUCACAAAACACAAGAAAUGAACACUUCAAGAAAUGAAAUUAAUGAGCAGGAGAAUGCUGAGAAUAUCCCUGCUAAAGAAGAAUCCAAAGAAGAACCAAAGACCAGAGAAAAAACACAAGUUAAACCGCACGAUCAAUCGAUAAAAGAUAACACAAUGCGAACUACUAGUGAUUUAUUUGAAAAUCUAAAGGGGUCAAGGCAAGUCAUAAACAUAUCCUUGGCUGCUCUGGUGGUUCUUGGUAUCGGCCGCUAUGUUAUCAAUGUGAUGAGCUCUCCCAAGAAAGCUAAAGAAUGA